GUGGUCUCUGGUUAGGGUGAACAGGGGUCUGCAGACGCCCACUGGUGAAACCCACCCCUCCAAGAGGAGUGGGGCUGUCUCUGGCCCCGCCCACUCCGAGUCGGAACUACAGUGGGUCCGGGAGGGGGCGUCGAGCCCCGUGCGCGGUAUCCCUCCGCCCCCUUCCCGACACCCUCCAGGCGAGCUGGCUUGCCGCAGUCUGCGCAGCCCCUGCCCGUUUGCUGCAGAGGCGUGGGGACAGGACACAUCUCUGCCAUUCCACUCGCGCGCAAAGCGGUGAAAGCCCAUUGAGAGCAUCUGCGGAGGACAGAGAACAGCCAGAAGCAGGAGAGGGACGCGGGGAAGCCCGGGGACCUGGGCCGUGCGCCUGGCCAGGCAAGUGGGGGUGUGUCGGGGCUCCUGGCAGUCGCGCACUUGCAAACCACUGCCUGGCCCUGACAGUCCUGUGGAGGCAAAGGGGUCACAGCCGCUCCCUGAAGUGUGCUCAGUGCCUGGAGACCCCAGGCGGUGGGGAGGAGAAAGCAGAAACUCAGGGCGGGCUGAAGGAGGAGGGGGGCGGCUGAAGAGGCAAAGUGUGAGGGUUUGGAGGGUGGCAGAACCAACAGCUUGACAACCUUCAUCCAGGUGUCAGUCUGGGACCCACACAGGUUUUGAGGUAGGCGGCCACAAGAGAAAUGGCGGUGGGGGGUUUGUGGGGGAGGGGGACAGCGAACCUGGAAUCCAGGGAUGUGGGUGCAGGUUCAGGGGGCCAACUCGGCUGGUGCGUGGGGAGUCACCUCAGGUACUAGGUUUCUGACCUGGUUCCUGAGAGGAGCCCCAGUACCCUGCAUCCUGGGUGCUGUCACUCCCCACAGGCUUUUGAUUGACAGAAAGUGACCUGUCUGCGCGGUAGGUCUGGCAUAUUCUGACAGGCCACAGUGAGCAUCUAUAGACCAGAGGCUUGAGAAAAGAAGAACAGAAAAACAGCGCGGAUUUCUGGAGCCCUGCUUUGAGGCUGGUCAGUUCUCCAAGCAAGGAAAGAAGGUUUCAAGGCGACUGUCUCAGAUCUCUGGAGAUUGCCCUGCUUUGAGGCUGGUCAGUUCUCCAAGCAAGGAAAGAAGGUUUCAAGGCGACUGACUGUCUCAGAUCUCUGGAGAUUGCCCUGCUUUAAGGCUGGUUAGUAGUUCUACAAUCAAGAAAAGAAGGCUUCCAGGCGACUGCCUCAGAUCUUGGAGCCCUGCUUUAAGGCUGGUUAGUAGUUCUGCAAGCAAGGACAGAAGGUUUCAAGGCGACUGACUGUCUCAGAUCUCUGGAGAUUGCCCUGCUUUAAGACUGGUUAGUAGUUCUACAAUCAAGAAAAGAAGGCUUCCAGGCGACUGCCUCAGAUCUUGGAGGACUCCCUGCAGUCAGUCAGCUGUUGGUCUUAACACCACUUGAACACAGAAAAGAGGGGAGAGCUGCACCACAUCCGUGAAGAUCACCCACCGUGACUGCUUGGUGGUGCUGAGGUUGCCGCUGACCAGUGCAUUCAACAGAUCUGCACACACCUGGGACCUGUCCAUCAUCCUCCAGCUUGAUUUCAGCUCUUCUGCACUGUAUCUGUGUUAUUGACUGAGACUGCUUGGGUAGGAGUCUCAUUGGUACUGGAUUGGUUGGUCACUUACCCCUUGUUCCUCACUAUAUCUCUUGAGUAAUCAAAAGAUCAGAGUGGGAAGAUACAAUACUUCGACAGAUCUGCUGUUGCUACUGAGGCUUUGGUAGGCAUUCUUAAUUGAGCCUUCUAACUUGUACCAUGACUGGGGCAGAAGUUGAGACUGGUUCUCAGGCCAAGCCUGAUAAGAAGCCUCAGGAAGAGGUUGUAGGUGGGGCUGAGCGAGAAAGUGAUGUCCCUCUUGUUGUCAGACCCAAAGUCAGGCCUCAGGCUCCAGCAAAAAGUGGUGCUAGGCCCAAAAGUGAAAGUAAAUCUUCCUCUCGGGCAAGGCCUAAAAGUGAGGCUCAGAGAAUGACUGGAGCAAGGCCGAGAUCUCAGGCCCAAGUAAUGUCUGGUGCCAGGCCUAAAACUGAUGCCAGGGGUGGUGCUCGCUCUAAGACUGAGGGCAAGCCAAUCCCAGGAGCAAGGCCUAAGGAUGAUGCCCAGGCUUGGGCCCAGAGUGAGUUUGGAGCUGAGGCAAUGCCACGUGCUGAGAGAGCACCCUUACCUAAUUCUGUUACAUGGCCACUGGUCAGUGCUGAGUCUACAACUGUUACUAAAUCUAAGAGUCUGUCUAUGAAUAGACAACUGGCCAAUAUGGGUAGUGAAACCUUUCCUGGCAGCCAGGGUCAGACUGGAAUCGAGCCCUGGUUUGGACCAAGAGAAGGGGCUACUAUGGGUCCUUGGUGCUAUCCCAGGCCCAGAGCCAGAGAAGAGACCUCUAAUGAGUCCGGGUUUUGGUCAGCAGAUGAAACCUCUACCAUGCCUUCUUUCUGGACUGGAGAGGAGACUAAUAUCAGAUCAUGGCCCAGGGAGGAGGUGAACACUAGGUCCAGGCACAGGGCUAAACAUCAGGCUAAUUCCAGGUCCAAGCCCAGAUCCAAACGAGAUCCCUAUAUUGAUUCUUUGUCUGGGUCUGAGGAUGAGGCUGAUAACCCAUUCUGCAUUUGGCCUGGAGAAAAUACUAAUGACAUGUUUAGGCCCAGAGGCAGGGAUGAGGCAAAUGCCAGACCCAAGAUCAGGACAAAGAGAGAGGACUAUUUUGAAGAUGAAGAUGAGUUCUAUAAAGAGUCCUGGCUUUUGCCUGGGGAAGAGGCUAAUAGAUUUAGGCGCCGAGACAAGGAAGAGCCUAAUAAGACCUUGAAAAACAGGAACCAAACAGAGGUUAAAAAUGAGGAAAGCGUCAAACAAGAGUCCAGGUCGGAGGAGGAAGUCAUUAUUGGGUCCUGGUUCUGGGCAGAACAGGAAACUAGUUUAGAGGCUGGAGCUUCAGCAAUCUGUGAAUCUGAAUCAGGGGCUGAAGAGGGAGCCAUUGGUGGAUCUCUGUUCUGGACUGAAGAGAAGCCUAGUUUGGGGGCUGUGGCCAGAGAUGAGGUCAGGCCUGAGUCUGAAGAAGAGGCCAUAUUUGGGUCCUGGUUUUGGGAUAGGGAUGAGGCCUGCUUUGACCCAAAUCCCACUCCUGUGUACACAGCUAAGAGCAGGUACAGAGAUCCAGAAGAGGAUCUUAAUUUGGCAUCCAGGCCCAAAAGCUGGGACGAGGUUACCAUUGAAUUCAAACCUCCUUGCCAUGGUCUUGGCUUCCCUUCCCCAAGACCCUUUAUAAUUCCUGAAGGGGCUUCUGGAAAUACUGAGGAAAAAGCCAAGAAUGCAGAGCUUGGUGCAGAGGGGGAAGAGCAGGAAUCUGUGGUUCAGCGUGAUCUCCCUGAACCUGAGUUCCCAUUUCAGUAUGAUCCCUCUUACCGCUCAGUCCGGGAAAUUCGGGAGCAUCUUAAGGCCAGGGAAAGUGCACAGCCUGAGAAUUGGUCUUGCAACUGCAUCCAGUGUGAGCUUAGAAUUGGUUCUGCAGAGUUUGAGGAACUCCUUUUACUGAUGGACAGAAUUCGUGAUCCAUUUAUCCAUGAGAUAUCUAAGAUUGCAAUGGGCAUGAGAACUGCUUCUCAGUUUACCCGAGAUUUCAUUCGAGAUUCGGGUGUUGUCUCACUUAUUGAAGCCUUGAUGAAUUAUCCUUCCUCCCGAGUGAGGACUAAUUUUUUGGAAAACAUGAUUCACAUGGCUCCACCUUAUCCAAAUCUAAACAUGAUUGAGACAUUUAUUUGUCAGGUGUGUGAGGAAACACUUUCACAUAGCGUGAAUUCCCCUGAGCAGCUAACUGGAAUGAGGAUGCUUAGACAUCUCACUAUAACUACUGACUAUCACACACUCAUUGCCAAUUACAUAUCCGGCUUUCUCGCCUUACUAACCACAGGCGAUGCAAGAACCAAGUUUCAUGUUCUGAAAAUGCUGUUGAACUUGUCUGAAAAUCCUAUGGUGGCAAAGAAACUAUUCAGUGCCAAAGCUCUGUCAAUAUUUGUGGGUCUCUUUAACAUAGAGGAGACAAAUGAUAACAUUCAGAUUGUUAUUAAAAUGUUUCAGAAUAUCAGUAAUAUUGUAAAAAGUGGAGCGAUGUCUUUAAUGGAUGAUGAUUUCAGCCUUGAGCCACUUGUUUCCGCAUUCCAUGAAUUUGAAGAGCUAGCUAAACAGCUGCAGAUCCAAAUAGACAAUCAAAAUGAUCCCGAAGAGGGACAGUAAAGUUAGUGUGAUUUAACCACCUGCCACUCAUCAGCCUUAUGUUCCCAAAGAGCCCCAAAUAGUGCUUUGGUGUUCACAGUCUGUUUCUGUGUUGUAACUUAUAUUUUUAAUGCUAAUGUUAACUUGUCAAACUCUUGUUGUGAGCUGGAUCAUUUGUGGAUGCCAAAAAUGAAUAUCAGAACUGAAAACACAUUUGUUGAUAAUUGUCUUACCGUACAGAUUGUGAUAUUUUUUAGUGUUGAGCUCCCAGUGAACCAAGUCAUACAAGUAAGCUAUCCUGCUAUUUGUCGUUUAAACAUGUGGUUCUCUGCUUGACUCGGUGUUUUCAAUAAAGUUCGAUGUUAAAAUUGG